AAAAAAAAUACACCUAUUGUAAAAAAAAAAAAACAACACUCGCACAAGUCCCCGAUCGGAAUGGGCCAGUGAGUGAAGUUUAGGGCACUUCUUCAUCUUCAGAGCAAGCUCGCCGCCGCUAUCAGCUUUCUCUCCGGCGACACUCAUUUUCACAAUCUCAACGGUAAGAGUCUAUGAAUGAAUAAACUAUAGCUUAUUUCUUCAAUCAAAUCAAAAAUCGAUUAUUUCACCAUGCUUUCUCGUUUAAUCCCCAAAAAACCCUCUCAUUUCCGCCGCCUUUUCUCCCUCCCUUCCAAACAACCCUAUUUCCCCAAUUCACCAUUCAAUCCGCACUUCACCGCUCUUCCAAAACCCUUCUCCAGCAGCAGUAACAAUAACAACAACAACACCAAGGAUCCGGUAUGGAAGAGUUUCGGAGAAUCCAAGGAGAAGUUCGACAAUUUGUUUACGGAAGAAAGUGAAAGCAUUGAUGGGAUGAACGAGGUGGAAGGGGAGAGAGUAAGGAAGGAUGCUGAUGAGGAAAAGUGGUAUUUGGAAGAGAAGGGUAUUGAUAAUGAGGAUGAGAAUACUUUGUUUAAAGGGAUUGAUAACGCAGCCGAGGGAAAGAGUAGUGGAAGUGGUGAGUUUCGUAGCCACAUUGAUCAAGCUUGGAACAUGAAAGAGGAUGAAGGUGAUGUUUUUGAUUUAAAAGAGGAUGAUGUGGGUAGGGAGGAAGUUGGGGAACUCGAUGUUGUGGAUGGUGAGACGAAAGAGGAUGUGGAGAAGCUUGAGAAGGAAGAGAAAGAACUCACUGUCAUUCUUGAAGGACCAAAACGUGCUUUUGGUGAUUUGAUUGCUGCUUCAGGAAUCACGGAUGAAAUGCUUGACAGUUUGAUUGCAUUGAAAGAUUUUGAAGGGAUUGAUGGGUUGCCCCCUCUUAGGGUAAUAGAAGAUAUACGCUAUGAGAAGAAUACUAGAAAAUCCACCAGAGCUGAAAUGGAGCGUCUAAAGCAAGAGGAAGCAGCAAAAGCAAGAGUGAGACAAGUAGAUGAUAAAGGACGUGCUUAUGGAACAGGCAGGAGAAAAUGCAGUAUAGCACGUGUCUGGGUUCAGCCCGGUAACGGUAAAUUUAUGGUUAACGAUAAAGAGUUUGAUGUCUAUUUCCCUAUGAUCGAUCACCGUGCUACUCUCCUUCGACCUUUCUCUGAGACAAAGACAUUGGGGCUCUGGGAUGUUAACUGUACUGUGAAAGGUGGUGGUGUUUCGGGGCAAGUUGGAGCUAUACGAUUGGGUGUUAGCAAGGCUUUGCAAAACUGGGAACCAGAAUUGCGACCUGCACUUAGAAGCGUCGGCUUCUUGACAAGAGAUUCAAGAGUGGUAGAAAGGAAAAAGCCUGGAAAAGCAAAAGCAAGAAAAAGUUACCAAUGGGUCAAGCGUUAAUCAAGUAUAUUAUUCUGUGGGUGGCAAUUUUUGUAUUUCAUUGAUCCUGUACUGCAUCGUAUGUUUGGAUUUCAACGACACUAAGGAUAGAAGAAGAUUUGUGUUAUGAGUCAUUCACCCUUUCCAGAGAGCUACUAGUUGCUGUUUUUGUUAUAGUAGUCCUAACUUCAUAAUGAAUGUUGUUUUAGGGAUAUGUUAUAUCCAUUUUGGUUAUUUUUGUGUAGUCAUGUUUUUGAUAUACAUGUAUUUCUGAUAAAAAGUGAAACAUUCCAUGUUUUAUUUUUUUGGGAAAAUAAAGGGAACCAACAUCGUUCUUAAAGAAGAA